AUUCACACUUUUCACUGUGGACACCAGCAGCCUCCCACUUUGCAUUAAUCUCCUGCAGUCGUCUUGCUUUCCAAGUUGCCAUAUCCCUUUAAUUAUUUACAUUUCCCCCACAUAUUCACCUCAGUGUUUCCCUCCCAGAAUGUCAUUAACUGGCUGCAUCAUUUCAGUCUUCUGACGUGUGUGAACUGUGGCUCCAAAUCAGGGACACUGCAGUGAGUGUGACCCGCUUUCAAAAUGCAGUGAGGAGGAGAAGGAGAAAAAGAAGAAGAAGGGGGCAUCUCAUGAUCAGUGCAGAGAGAGAGAGAGAGAGGUUCAGAAUGACUGAUCUGGAGAAAGAGAGAGAGUCAGUCCCUCCGUGUUGUCUCGGCAGAAGAGUCCAGUCUGGCUGCUUCUCAGAACCACUAUGUCCUGCUGCAGGCUGACACCACUGAAGAAGCAGCAGCUGAGUUAAUUACCCGUUUCACCCUCAGAGGAUUGAUGGACCUCCAUUAUGACCAACUGGACAUGAUUCUGCACUCAACACUUGUGGCACAAUGUCGAAUAUGAUUCUCCUGACUGCGAUAAGCAUUUUGUAUUUGCCCGUGUUGUUGUUCGAGGCAUUUGUUUUGUCCAAAGGGAAGUAUGAGAGGUCUGCGGUGCCGACCUCCGCCACCCGUCUGGUGGCCAGGAUGGAUGGGGAUAUUAUAAUCGGUGCCCUCUUCUCCGUCCACCACCAACCGUCUGCCGAGAAGGUGGCGGACAGGAAAUGUGGGGAGGUCCGAGAGCAGUAUGGCAUCCAGAGAGUGGAGGCCAUGUUCCACGCCUUGGAUCGGAUUAACUCGGACCCCAACCUGCUGCCCAACAUCACCCUGGGCUGCGAGAUCAGGGACUCCUGCUGGCACUCGUCGGUGGCUCUGGAGCAGAGCAUUGAGUUCAUCCGAGACUCCCUCAUCUCCAUCCGGGACGACAGGGAAGGGUCCAGGUGGUGCAUCGAGGGGGUUCCUUCCAGCCAGCCGCCGCCCACCAAGAAGCCCAUCGCAGGGGUCAUCGGGCCCGGAUCCAGCUCAGUGGCGAUUCAAGUCCAGAACCUCCUGCAGCUGUUCAACAUCCCGCAGAUCGCCUACUCUGCAACCAGCAUCGACCUCAGCGACAAGACGCUGUUCAAGUACUUCCUCAGGGUUGUUCCCUCAGACACUCUGCAAGCCAGAGCCCUGCUGGACAUCGUCAAACGUUACAACUGGACCUACGUGUCUGCAGUUCACACGGAGGGUAACUAUGGCGAGAGCGGGAUGGAGGUGUUCAAAGAGCUCGCCUCGCAGGACGGCCUCUGCAUCGCCCAUUCUGACAAGAUCUACAGCAACGCCGGCGAGAAGCACUUCGACAGGCUGCUGAGGAAGCUGCGGGAGCGUCUGCCCAAAGCCAGAGUUGUUGUCUGCUUCUGCGAAGGCAUGACGGUCCGAGGGCUGCUCAUGGCCAUGAGGCGGCUCGGAGUAGCCGGAGAGUUCCUCCUAAUUGGCAGUGACGGCUGGGCCGACCGGGUGGAGGUGGUGGAGGGAUACGAGCAGGAGGCGGUGGGCGGCCUCACCGUGAAGCUGCAGUCCGAAGAGGUCUCCUCCUUCGACGACUACUUCCUGAAGCUCAGGCUCAGCAGCAACACCCGCAACCCCUGGUUCCCCGAGUUCUGGCAGUACCGCUUCCAGUGCCGCCUUCCCGGCCACCCGCAAGAGAACCUGAAUUAUGCACGAAACUGCUCAGAGGAUGAUGAACUAGAACUCCAAGACGGUUAUGAGAGUCUGGAGGACAACUAUGUUCAGGACAGCAAGAUGGGUUUUGUGAUCAACGCCAUCUACGCCAUGGCUCACGGGCUGCACGACAUGCACACCCACCUCUGUCCUGGACAUGUGGGGCUCUGCGACGCCAUGAAGCCCGUCGAUGGAAGCCACCUGCUGGACUUUCUGCUGAAAACUACCUUCACAGGAGUGUCUGGGGAGGAUAUUUGGUUCGACGAGAACGGAGACUCACCUGGAAGAUAUGAGAUUAUGAACUUCCAGCGAGUAGAACCUGGAGUGUACGACUACAUCAACAUCGGCUCGUGGCACGAAGGCGUCCUCAGUCUGGACGACGACAUGAUCCAGAUGAACCGCAGCGACAUGGUUCGGUCGGUGUGCAGCGAGCCCUGCUCUAAAGGAGAGAUCAAGGUGAUAAGGAAGGGGGAGGUGAGCUGCUGCUGGAUCUGCACGGCCUGCAAAGACAACGAGUACGUCCAGGACGAGUUCACAUGUAAAGCCUGUGAGCUGGGCUGGUGGCCGGACAAAGAACUGGAAGUCUGUGAGCCGAUCCCACUGCGCUACCUGGAGUGGAGCAAUCCGGAGUCCAUUAUCCAGGUGGUUUUCUCCUGUUUGGGCAUCCUGGUGACGUCGUUCGUCGCCUUCGUCUUUGUCUUGUACCGGGACACUCCUGUGGUCAAAUCCUCCAGCCGGGAGCUCUGCUACAUCAUCCUCGCUGGGAUCUUCCUGGGCUACUUGUGUCCCUUCACCCUCAUCGCCCGACCAACAGUGGCCUCCUGCUACCUCCAGAGACUCCUAGUUGGACUCUCGGCCGCCAUGUGCUACUCGGCGCUCGUGACCAAAACCAACCGCAUCGCUCGGAUCCUGGCAGGCAGCAAGAAGAAGAUCUGCACCAGGAAGCCCAGGUUCAUGAGCGCCUGGGCUCAGGUGGUGAUCGCCUCCAUCCUCAUCAGCGUCCAGCUCACCUUGGAGGUCACCCUCAUCAUCAUGGAGCCUCCUGAACCCAUCAAAUCCUACCCCAGCAUCAGAGAAGUCUUCCUCAUCUGCAACACCAGCAACCUGGGCGUUGUUGCUCCUCUGGGCUACAACGGUUUGCUCAUCAUGAGCUGCACCUACUACGCCUUCAAGACCCGCAACGUCCCCGCCAACUUCAACGAGGCCAAAUACAUCGCCUUCACCAUGUACACCACCUGUAUCAUCUGGCUGGCGUUUGUGCCCAUCUACUUCGGCAGCAACUACAAGAUCAUCACCACGUCCUUCUCCGUGAGCCUCAGUGUGACUGUAGCUUUGGGUUGCAUGUUCACCCCCAAGAUGUACAUCAUCAUCGCCAAACCGGAGAGAAACGUGCGCAGCGCCUUCACCACCUCCGACGCUGUGCGCAUGCACGUCGGCGACGGCAAAAUCGCCUGCAGAAGCAACAGUCUGCUGAACAUGUUCAAGAGGAAGAAGAACACUGGGAACGGCAGUUCUAAUGGAAAGUCUGUGUCAUGGUCUGAACCAGGUGCAAGACAUCCUCCAAAAGGGGAUCACAUGUGGCACAGACUGUCAGUGCAUGUGAAGAGACAGGAAGCAGGUUCCAAUCAGAUGGCUGUCAUCAAACCCUUAACUAAUACCUACCAAAACACAGCCCUGGAGUUCUCCGACCUCAGCACUAAGACUCUGUACAAUGUGGCUGAGGAGGAGGACGAAGGUGACCCUGUCAGCUACGACUCCCCCGCCACUCCCCCCAUGGUGGCCCACGGGCAGAUGCCGGCCUGUGGGCUGAUAAAGGGCGAGGAGGUGGAGCUCUAUUCCCCCGAGCCCCUGCAGCCAAAUAGCAUAAUCCCCCAACACGUCAUGAAGGAGGAGGUGAAAAUGGUGGUGGGCAAGUUCAAAAGUGACGUCCCGAAGCUCGGCAUGCCGGAGGCCCUGAGCGGCGGCAUGCCGGUGUACCACCAGGCCCACCUCAUCCAGCAGGAGCCCGUCCUGCCCCUGCACCUCGACCCGUUCGACGAGGAGCCCACCUCCCCUCUGGAGGAGGAGGAAAUGGAGAACGAGCAGUUCGGCCUUCUCAAAGGCUACAUGUACAACAACGCCCAGAUUCACGACGAGGAGGAUUUGGUCGAGGUCAAACUGGCGAUGGAGGAGUCUCUGGCUCUGAUGCCUCCGUCCCCUUUCCGCGAUUGCUCCGGCACCCCGGUGAGCCCCUUCCCCAACUCGCCGGUGUCCGAGUCGAUUUUGUGCACGCCUCCGAACGUGACGUACGCCUCGGUCAUCCUCAGAGACUACAAGCAAAGCUCCUCCACUCUGUGAGGGCUGCACUCUAAAUGUUCCCACUUGUGCUAUGUAUAUUUCCAGGUUUUUAAGGACUCUUGCUGUAUAAGGUGAGAGGAAAAGUCAUCCUGUGGUCAUUUUUCACAUAGUAGCUUUUACAUGAUAAGGUUGAGCAUCGAGGCGCCACAUUUUAAACUCCUUUUAGAUGUUGUAUACAGUAGUGAAGCAACUUCCUAAUUACAAAUAUACUGUAUAUUUCUAUAAGCUUUUAGGAUAAAACUAGAUUUUGUUCUUAUGAGGCAGAUAACUAAGAUUGUGUAUGUAUGUACAUUUAGCGCCCUAUAAAUAGAUCUGUUUGACAAAUAAUAGGUGAGGUAACAAUCAGACGAAUUUAAACAGGGCAACUUAAUAUAGUUUCUAUGUGAUGCAAAACGAGUCACUCUGACAAUGUGUUAAGAAAAUGUGUUUUGUGUUACACCUUGUGUGUUCUGUCCUUUUAUCAGGCAAAGGAGGAGAUUUAAAGCACGAGUUUGAUUUUUUUUUUUGGGAGGAAAUAUUGCGGCAAGAUGAGAGGAUCAAUCUCCCACCUGUAUUUGUAAAUUAAAUGUAGCAAUAUCAGUGUGAAUUAGUGAACCUUCAGGUGCUGGUUGGUGGGUUUUGUUAGAUUUAGACAGAGCCAGAGGGCUGAACUAUGAAGCGAGUUUAACAAAUCCAGGCUUUCUUUGUGAUAAAACCUAAAACAAAUCAGCUCUGUUUGUUAUCCAGGUUUUAUUCAUUAUGCUACCAUAAAAGAAGCCAUUUAACUCCUUUUCCACACAGAAUAAACCAAAUACAUGUCAAAUACUUCAGUCAAGAGGAACAGGUUGCUCUAAUGGAGAGCUAUGAAGAAAAUAGCAAUUUAUUAUGAUGAAAAGUGAGAAAUGCUGGUAAAGUCUGCUAAUAAUGUAAGUAAAUAUAUUUAUUUUACCACUCAGUGACACUCAGUGCAGUUGAUUUUUAUUCUAAAAUGACAGCCGCACAUUUGAGCUCUUCAAUUCUGAGCUGCAAUCAUAUAAAAAUGACUAUCAACAAGUGAUUUUAGAUCUUACACGCUUCCAUAAUGAAAGAUAUGUGGAAAUCACUUUAGUUUGAGGCCAAAUCACAGUGAAAUUAAUGUUAUUUAUUGAAGAUUCUUGUCUCAGUCUGGGUUUUAUUACCAAUAUGAGAGGUGUAAAACAGAUUGGACAUCAUGAUAAAAACAUAUUUCUGCAACACCAGUGAAUGCAUGCAGUUUCCCGUAGCAACACCACCUGUGUAGUUUAUGCUACUGUAACUGCACAGCUUCAUUCAGUGACAUCUCCACCAUAAAACUCCACAUGCUUAAAACUGAAAAAUAAUAAUUAAAAAUAAAUGGUGAAAACUGAAUCCAAAAACUGAACAGAACCUCCGUUGGAUGUGCAGCAUCAGUUACCAUGGCGAUCCAACCAGGUUAUGUUGUUCUUAAGCUCAGCAUACCUCGCUAACCCAUUAAUCCUGCUUCAUAGUUCAUCUUUCUGCUCAGUGUAGCUUCAUAUUUAGCGUCUAGACAUGAGAAGGUGUCUACAGGUGGUUUUCCACUGCAGGAAUGAGUUGUAACUGACGCUUUCGGCAUUUCUAUUUCCACUAGUGGGUAGUUUUAACUGAAAUUUUGACUCUGAAACAGUGACAAAUAGCUAGUAUAGCUAGUUCAAUUAGUGUGCAGUAAAUAGAGCAGUGGAGGGUUUGUGAUAUUAGACUGUGUGGUGAAUUUUACAAGUGCAGAAAGUGCUUCAAAAAAAAAAAGGUGCUCCAAAUUGAACCAACCAGCUCUGUCUUCUUGGAGUUUAACCAAUCAGCAUCGAACAUUUUUUCUGAAGCAUCUGGGACUUCAUCCCUGAAGAAGUUUCUGCAGGGGCAGUUUCUGCAGUUGCACAAGGAUUUGGGUUCCUGCAGUGAAAACCGGCUUCAUCUUCUCAUCUAAAUCUAACCCCAAAAUGUCAAACUGUUCCUUUAAACGUAGUGUUUCGGAGAAAAGUUGCAAAAUGAUGGGAAAAAAACCAACAACUCUAAUCUGUGAAUCUAUCUUAGAUCGAUACAGUGCUGCCAGGCAAGAGACUGUAUCACGAAUGUAGCAGAGGACAAAGCUAAAGUGCCACGUUUUCAUUCCGAUUUUUUUUCUUUUAUACAUUUAUUUCUAUGGUCUGGAAAAUGCAAGUUAAACUAGUUUAACGUUUGUAUCUUUUAUAACUUAGACAUCUGAUUUCCUAACUGUAUAGAUUAUUGUUUAAGAUAGAUGACAUACACAUGUUGUGUGAAUGUAUGUUGUGUAUCAUAUUUUGGUAUUCAGAUGUUAUCUAUAUGCAUUACAGUAUUACAGAGGAUUUGUCAGCUGUACAUGCUUCUAUCGUGCGUGACUGGUUGUGCACACCAAUCCAUUUGGUAAAUAUUAAGACUUUAACAGCCUAUCGAGAUCUUUAAAUGUGAUGAAGUGCUACCAUUAGUGAUAUUAUGAAUAAGCUAUUUGCAGCCAGAGAUAUACAGUGCAGUAUAAAUUAGGUUUGCGGGUUUAAGCAACUUACUGUAGACGAGGACACCCGUUUGAGUGGAGUAAAUUAAAUAUUUUUUAUGC